CUCACCACUGCCCAACACAAAGAAGCUGCGGCUGAUAACAGGUUGCUUUAAUGUUGGCAUGUGUGUGGUGAGGGUGGGCUGGUUCAGCCUUGCUACUUAAAUUUAGUUUGGUUUAAAAAAAUAAAGAGCUCUGAAGGUGGGAAGCAGAGCUGUGGUGUUUCAGAGAUGGAGAAAAUGGUUGGAGGAGUUUGAAAAAGUUCAAAUCGUUUUUGUUUUUUAUUCUGGUCUGCUCUCCGCUCCAUGACUUCUACUGGGAAGUACUAUAAGAGCUGCAAUAAGAUUCAUCCAGGAGGGUAUUUCUGUCUGAACAAGAGAAAACUCCAGCAACAUGGAGAAGUUUAAAGCUGCCAUGGUUCUCGGCGCAGUUGGUGAUGCUUUGGGUUACAAGAAGGGUCGCUGGGAGAGCUGCACAUCAGGCAAGAAGAUCCAAGAGGAGCUGGCCUCUCUGGGGGGACUGGAGUCCCUUACGUUGGACCCUGAGAACUGGCCCCUGAGUGAUGCAGUGCUGAUGCACAUGACUACAGCUGAAGCACUCAUAACAGAUUACUGGUGUCUGGAGGACCUGUACAGGGAAGCGGUGCGUCUCUAUGUGGAAGCCAUGGUCUCUCUCCAGGGACGAGCUCCUGAUCCUGCAACCGUAGAGCCCUGCGUUCACCUUAAACCUCAUAACUUCCUGCUCGCUUGGCAUACUCCUUUCAAUGAAAAGGGGUCUGGGUUUGGAGCAGCAGCCAAAGCCAUGUGUGUCGGAAUGAGAUACUGGCAGCCUGAGAGACUGGAUAACUUGGUGGAGGUCAGCAUUGAGAUUGGAAGAAUGACCCAUAACCAUCCAACAGGCUUCCUUGGCUCCCUAACAACAGCGUUAUUUGCAUCCUUUGCAAUCCAGGGGAAACCUCUUGUGACUUGGGGCCGUGAGCUCAUGAAGGUCAUCCCCCGUGCAGAGGAGUUCUGCAAGAAAACAAUACGUCAUAUGGCAGAAUAUCAGGAAAAUUGGUUUUAUUUUGAAGCUAAAUGGCAGUUUUACCUUGAAGAGCGAGAGAUUGAUAAGGAUGGAAACAACAAACCAUCAUUUCCUGAUGCUUAUGAUGCAGAAGAGACAGAUAAAAUGUAUAAGCGUUGGAGCUCAGAGGGUCGAGCAGGGCGCAGAGGUCAUGAUGCUCCCAUGAUCGCUUAUGAUGCACUUCUGGCUGCAGGAGGCGACUGGGCAGAGCUGUGUAAACGAGCCAUGUUUCAUGGAGGUGAGAGUGAAGCCACAGGUCUAAUCGCAGGCUGCCUCUAUGGCCUCAUGAAUGGCAUAAACCAGGUUCCUCUGAACCUCUACCGGGAUUUGGAUAAAAGAGAACACCUAGAGGAGCUGGGAGAGGCACUCUAUAAGGCAGCAUCUGCAGAGAAAUGCACAGAAAAACCAGAUUGUCGGAAAGCCGGAAUCAACCCCGAUGUUGGUGCGUUAAGGAGGCUAGUUAGAGACCCCAAAUGCCGACCAGUCCUCCGAGGGAUCUUUGAGAGUCUCCUGAAUUAUCUACUACAGGAUCUGCUUGAGAGGACAAACAAUCACACAAGGAUGGAAAUGCAAGAAUCCGGCACUGUGUCCCAAAUCCACGCAAGAAACACAGAUAAACUGGAUCUGCAGAGGGGGAAAAAGGCUCCAAAAGGCCUCCAAGUGGUCCAGCUAUCAGAGAAAAGAGCAGCUGAUCCCAAGACUUCUAAAAAUUGCACAGCUGAUCAAAGAGGAAACUUACCAUCACGGCGCCUUACCACAUUCCAACUCCUCCAAUCUAAGUUCUUGAGGUCUUCCCCCAAACCCUAUAACACCAACCAGAGAGAGGUAGGAACUCUGUCUUUUACCAGAGGAAGACCAGGUCGAGACAACCCUAAUAAUGACAGAAAACAUAGCACUGACAUUAGAGACAAAGGCUUAAAAAGAUGUGGUAGUGUUAAAGAAAUGGUGGCCAAGUUUGCCAUGGCUGAGCAGAAACAACAGGGAGUGAAAACCCUGAAGAAAGAGCACCUCAAACCAAGACACAUUGGAAGAGGGAUCCUCCUAAACUCAUUAAUGACCAAAUUUGAAAACAUCGCUACUGUUUGUAAGAAAAGUGACUUUGCUUUAUCUCAUGAGAAGCCUGGUGUAGGAGACAGGGUUGCACCUAAAGUAAAAGAAGAAGCUGUCAUUAAAAGAAAGAAACAACAGGUGUCUGACCCAGUGUUCAACAAACAGAGCCAAUGGAAAAGAAAUGAAUGUAAAUAUACUGCGGAUGACUCAACAAGUAAUCAAAUUAGAAGUGAAGAACCUGAAAGUCCAGAUCCUGGGGCAGACAUUUUAGCUGAAGGGAAUUCAAACACAGAAGAUGAGAGUCACAUGAAAGCAGAGAACUUGGAUCAAGAAGUUUGCUAUUCAUUACAACUAAUGAAGGGUCAAGCUCACAAUGUUGAUGUGGAGGAUAAAGGCCUUCAACAAGUCGGACAAAUUCCUUUUACAGUCAACAAAGCUGAAUUUCUUAAAAAAAGGGUCAUGUUUGCAGAUUUGAAGACAAUCUCGUUAAUGUCUGUGACUGAGUGGUCAUUCCCACAACCCUGCAAAGUUCUUAUUCAGGAGGAAAUCCCUGUAAAGUGGCAAAUAGUCACAAUAAUAACCUGCUCCCCUGCCUGGUCCACAUGUGUGGAUUCCUCUCCUCAACAAUUGCUAAAGAAAAUGGAAUCUGAGAUUUUAGAAAGUCAAACACAGGACAGGAUGUCAAGGGAGACCACAGGGAAUCUGUUGGACAACCUUAACUAUUUAUCCGGAGUAUCAGCUGAAGGGGAAUCCAGACAAAUGGAGGCCAGCGCCACACCAAAAAGUGAGACGUAUUCUUUGGAAUAUUCAAAUGAGGACAUAAAUCUCCAAACACCAGAUCCUAUUCAAGGAGGGUUCUCCAAGUGUGUCAUCCCAUCCAUUCACAGAUCUAAAAAUAGGGCAGAUCAGAUUGAUUCAACCCCACAACCAGAAACAGUAACUAAUCUUACCAAAAACCAGAUAUUACAUUCAUCUUUGAAUCAUCAAGGAAAUGAUGUGUCACGCUCAACAGAAGGUAUCAAAGACAAGGAGUCAUGCAGUCCUCAUUCCAUUAGUCACUCAGAGGUAACAAUAAGGACACCACAUGGUGAAGCUGAAGCAAAACACUCACCGGUCAAUGAAGAGAGAUAUGAUGAUGGAAAUCUGCCAGAAAAGAAUAACACUGGAAAGCCAGGAAACUUUAGCCAUUUGGACGAGGAUCCAUUUGCAGACGGUGAGGGUUCUGUGGUAGAUCAGACUCAGCCUCAAAGACAAAAUGCAAAACAAAAACCAAAGUACAAAACUAUUAACUAUGCAGAUCCUACAGUGAAACAAACAUAUAAACCGAAAAUAAUACGAUUCACGGAUACCUUUACUUUCUAGUUUUAGCCAUAUGAGUAAAGAAUGUGUUGAAGUUGGAUAAAUGCUGUUGUUUUGGAACAAACUUUCUCAGGCACUGAAAUCUCUGGAAUUUAGAAGAGCUGUGAACAUUAAACAUACUAAAAGUGAAUAAAUAAAAGAAAGCUACCUCAAACUUCCCAGUUGUAUUCUGAGUACAUAACAGAAUGAAGUGUCCGGCAGGAAACACAUGUUUAAUUGUAUGGUCUAACAUUGCACAUUUUAUGAUAGUAUUAUCCAGCCCCAAGUUAUAAUGCUUUAAAAGUAAAACAACUCCCUCCCAUUGCUACCUAAAUGCCACAGUGUAUCAGAUAUCUAAUGUAAGGCUGUUUACUAAGAAUAAAGUAUAUUUGCUAAUUUUCUGUGUGAAGGAAGUUACAUAAACAUGUCUAUUAGAAACCUUUAAGCCGUGCCUAAAUUGGAACAAAGUGAGACUUGUUCUCAGCAGAUAAACACUUACACCACAUAGCUAAACAUGUCCGGAGCUGAAUGUUCAGGAGCUCUACUCCAUACAGUAAUUGAACACCUGCAGGCAGGAUCACACCACUGAAGAUACCAUAUACUUUAUUGACCCCAACAGGAAAUUAACUAUUUACAAACUAUCAUUAAACAGAUUUCUUGUGUAUCAACUUAUUCUUGUAUUCUAAAAUCUGUGUUAGAUUUUUUUUUUCUUUUCUUAUCAGGUAGAUUUGUAAGGCUGGACUUUGUGGCUGGAAAUUUCUAUUUAAUUUCCUUAAAUAUAUUGAUUUAUGAGAUCUGAUUUUGCAUUUACUUUGUAAGGCCACACAAUGUC